AUGCCAAUCGUCAGAGCGCAAGGCAUCGCGCAGGGCCUUUCCUGCCUACGGGCAGCCCGAGCUGCUGGCCCUAUCGGCGCUCGCUUUAUCUCCAAUGCCCCGGCCGGCGCUCCAGUGAAAACGAGCCCUUCCGAGGCACCCACCACUCCUGCAAAGGAUAGCUCUCUGAUUAGAAAGGAGAGCCCUGGAGAGGCAAUGGCUCGUCAUCAGCCAGAUUACAACGCGACCAUUGAUCACGCCACCUCUUCCUUUUCGCCUGUUCCGAAGCGAGUUAUGGAUGGAAGCGAGCCAGGAGACGUCGUUGCUGCUGCUGUUCUGUCCGGAGCACCGACCGAUCUGCAAGCACGAACUGUGAGAAUCUAUAAACCCGCGAAGCCUGCAACUCAGUCCGGAACCUGGCACAGCGCCCACUGGCGGAUGGAUUGGGAUAUUCUGCAAAAGGGUCACCGAUGGGAAAACCCUCUUAUGGGCUGGCAGUCUUCUGCUGAUGUCAUGCAGGGCACCAACUUGACUUUCAAGAGCAAGGAAGACGCUAUUCUAUUUGCGCAGAAGCAGGGCUACGAAUACUUUGUUCAGGAGCCCAACGAGCGCAAGUUUGCUCCAAAGGCUUACGCAAACAACUUUGUUCACGAGCCCAAGAAGAUCAAGCACAUCAGAACAAAAUAG